GUGGCAUUCGAUGAUGUCGCUGAGAGGAAAAUGCAACGAAAUCCACAGGAGGGGCGCUUUAAAAAUCCGAAGAACCGGCUGCGAGGUGUGCGCGCCUGAUCUGUAAUUUUUUUUUUUGCUCUUCUGAAUUUCUGCCGGUUUUCUAGCGGGGCGAGCACGGCUCCACGCGGGGAGCAGAAGCAAGUAAACAGUUAUCAGCGAGUGGAGCUUCAGAGGGGCCAAGUUUGAGGCUUCGCUUUUUUCAUUUCUCACUCCUACGCGGACGAAGAAACAGUUAUUUAUUAAGAGUAACUUAAGGCUGCUAUGGAGACAUCUUCGGCGUAACUGCCAGGGUGAAGAAAACGCUACUGCUUUCGGCUGGUCGGCUUCAUAUAAACUUUUUGUUCUGUUUCCAUGAUUCGUUUAUUUCGGACUUGCCGGUAUACAGAGGGAUGUGAAAGAUAACGAAAGAACAGAAAGAAAGAAAGAGAAAGAGAAAGAAAGAAAGAUGAAGACCUGAAGAAGAAGACAUCGAGAUUAAAUUGACACAAUAGCUCACUUCUGCUGCAUAUUGAUCUUCUUGCUCUGGAACUCGUUUUUGCCCGUCGUCUUCUUUGCACAAAUACUCUGCCAACAAGCAAUCAGCUGAAAACUUCACAACUGUUUUAAAAUCAUGUUGGUCAAGGAGUACAGGAUCUGCAUGCCUCUGACGGUAGAGGAGUACAGAGUAGGUCAACUGUAUACUAUCAGCAAACAUAGCCAUGAGGAGAGUGACAAAGGUGAAGGUGUGGAAGUCGUGAGAAAUGAACCUCAUAUAGAUCCUGUACAUGGAGAGGGACAGUUUACAGAGAAGAGAGUCCAUCUAUCCAGUAAGCUUCCCAGUUGGGCGAGAGCUGUUGUACCCAGAAUAUUUUACAUCACAGAGAAAGCAUGGAAUUACUACCCCUAUACCAUAACAGAGUAUACGUGUUCUUUUUUGCCAAAGUUUUCCAUUCAUAUAGAAACUAAAUAUGAAGAUAAUUGUGGGGAUAAUGAAAAUAUUUUUAGCAUAGAUAAGAACAACUCUGAACCAGAAGUGUGCUUUCUAGACAUUGCAUACGAUGACAUCCCGGAUCGGCAUUAUAAAAGUUCAGAGGAUCUCCGAUGCUUUGCUUCUGUGAAGACAGGACGGGGCCCUCUUGUGGAGGGUUGGAGGGAGACAUGCAAACCUAUCAUGUGCUCCUACAAACUGGUGUGUGUCAAAUUUGAGGUCUGGGGCCUUCAAAGCAGGGUGGAGCAAUUUGUUCAUAAGGUUAUCAGGGAUAUCUUGUUGAUAGGACACCGACAAGCCUUCGCCUGGGUGGAUGAGUGGUGCAAUAUGUCAAUGGAAGAGGUGCGGGAAUAUGAAAGGCAUACGCAGCAGGCCACAAAUGAAAAGAUCGGCUUAGUCACCCCUACUAUUUCAAUCAGCGAGGUGAGCAAGCCGUCAACAACCCGCAGUGCCCCCACCAGCACACCCUCCACGCCCGUAAACGGAGAUCCACCCGAGUUCCUCAAUGUACCCAAAGACAGACCACGCAAGAAGUCGGCCCCUGAGACACUUACUCUUCCAGAGCUGCGGGAAUGUACGCUUCCCAAAUAGUAUUCAGCCAGUAUGGACUUCAACAUCGUUUUCUUUCACGCUGAUUUUUGUAUUUUUGAAGCUAAAGGAAAAGUGGGAAAAGUAAAAGACUUGAUGCUGGUGAAACAUUAAGAGAACAAAACUUCAGAAUCUUGAGAGGAGUCCAUGCUUUCAAAAUCCCUAACAUUAAAUAAACCAAAUGUCAAACCAUCAACACUUGGACUUGGAAAUUGGUGGGGAGACCUGGAAGUAGAAUAGGACUGUGGAAUCUUCACAAAGCAUACCCUAAACAAAGUCGCUUAGUAACGGGAGAGAGGUGGUGUUAACAAAUUCAUAUUUAAGGCUGCCUCGGAGAUGUCAUUAGAUCCUGUCCUUUAUGAGUGGCCGUAGCUUCUGUUCAAAGGUUAUUGUCCCACAGUAUCGUUCAUGUUAGCAUCGCAAGUGUUCGGAACGUGAUCAUGUGGAAAAUAACUUCACUUUUAUUUAAGUUUAUGAAAAUUGAAAAUUUAGCUUAAUUCCCAACAAUUUUCCUUGGAGUAAAUCAGGCGGUUCUUAGUCACGGUCCUGGAAGGCCACAUUGGCUGCAGGUUUUCAUUCCAGCUAGUUAAUGAAAUGAUAAUGAAACUUGGUAUUUAACUAUUUGGCUUGUUAGUGCUUUUAUUCAUCCAAGAGAAAUGUUUAAUAACACUGUAGAGCCGCAAUGACUGCAGGUUUUCAUUCUAACCCUUUUCCUAAUCAGUGACCAGUUUUCACUGCUAAUUAACUUUUUCCCCAUCA